CUGGUGUUCCUGGUUAAGUCGCUGGUGUCGGCGUGACUUUCAACGGGUUGACUGACAUCCAGUGGGGAAUUGUGUUGCCAAACCAGUCCACCACUUUACCGGCAAAAUGCGACUUCUAAAAGCAGGCAUGACUUUAAGUCAAACACAUCUACGGAAACCGGCAACCGUCACAUUGAAGAAGAUGUUGAUGAAUAGUUGGCGAUCAUGCUCCUCCGGCCUCAUCCCCAACGAAAGGAUUCGUAACAUCGGUAUAUCCGCUCACAUCGACUCGGGGAAGACCACCCUGACCGAACGUGUCCUUUACUACACCGGCAGAAUAGCAGAGAUUCACGAGGUUAAGGGGAAGGAUGGAGUCGGAGCCACCAUGGACUCCAUGGAGCUAGAACGUCAGCGGGGCAUCACCAUCCAGUCAGCAGCUACCUACACCAUGUGGAAGGAACACAACAUCAACAUCAUAGACACACCAGGUCAUGUGGACUUCACCAUUGAGGUGGAGCGGGCGCUGCGUGUGUUGGACGGAGCAGUUUUGGUGCUGUGUGCGGUGGGAGGCGUGCAGUGCCAGACCAUGACCGUGAACAGGCAGAUGAAGCGCUACAACGUCCCCUUUCUCACCUUCAUCAACAAGCUGGACCGCACAGGCUCCAACCCCAGCCGGGCCUUGCAGCAGCUCAGGACCAAGCUGAACCAAAACGCUGCGUUCCUGAACAUUCCCAUGGGCCUGGAGGGCCGGCUGAGGGGUGUCAUCGACCUGGUGGAGGAGAGGAGCGUCUACUUCGACGGGCCCUUCGGGCAGCAGCUCCGGUUCGCCGACAUCCCCGGGGAGUUUCGAGCGGAGGCAGCCGAGCGGAGGCAGGAGCUGGUGGAGUGUGUGGCUAAUGCUGACGAUGUCCUGGGAGAGAUGUUCCUGGAGGAGAGGGUCCCCACUGUCGCUGACCUGAAGGCUGCUAUCCGGCGGGCCACAAUCCAGCGUCUCUUCAGCCCGGUUCUGGUGGGCAGUGCCCUGAAGAACAAGGGGGUCCAGCCUCUCUUGAACGCAGUUCUGGAGUACAUGCCCAACCCCACAGAGGUCAACAACUACGCUAUCCUCAACCAGGAGGAGUCCGGCGACAGCAGCAAGAUCCUGAUGGACUCCAGUAGAGACGCUACCCAGCCGUUUGUUGGUCUGGCCUUCAAACUGGAGGCGGGCAGGUUUGGCCAGCUGACCUACGUGCGUGUGUACCAGGGCUGUGUAAGGAAGACAGAGAACAUCUACAACACUCGUACCGGCAAGAAGGUCCGCGUACAGAGGCUGGUUCGUCUCCAUGCCGACCAGAUGGAGGACGUGGAGGAGGUGCAUGCAGGGGAUAUCUGUGCUCUAUUUGGGAUCGACUGUGCCAGCGGCGACACCUUCACCUCCAGAACCAGCACCAGCCUGUCCAUGGAGUCCAUCCAUGUCCCAGAGGCAGUGAUCUCCAUGUCCAUGAAGCCUUUCAACAAGAACGACAUGGACAAGUUCUCCAAGGGCAUCAACCGCUUCACCAGAGAAGACCCCACUUUCAGAGUCCAGUACGACCCUGAGAGCCAGGAGACAGUCAUCUCAGGGAUGGGAGAGCUGCACUUAGAGAUCUACUCUCAGAGGAUGGAGAGGGAGUAUAGCUGCCCCUGUGUGAUGGGAAAACCCAAGGUGGCUUUCAGGGAGUCCAUACUCAGCCCUGUACAGUUUGACUUCACACACAAGAAGCAGUCGGGCGGUUCUGGCCAGUACGGGAAGGUGGUUGGGGCCCUGGAGCCCCUGGACCCAGAACAAAACACCAAACUAGAGUUUGAGGAUCAGACAAUUGGAACCAACGUCCCCAAGCAGUUUGUACCAGCUGUAGAGAGGGGGUUCAGAGAAGCGUGUGAGAAGGGUCCUCUGACGGGACACAAGAUCUCGGGCGUGAGGUUCAUCCUGGAGGACGGAGCUCAUCACAUGGUUGACUCCAACGAGAUUUCCUUUAUCCGCGCCGGGGAGGGCGCUCUCAAGCAGGCCAUGGAGAAGGCCAGUGUGACCGUGCUGGAGCCUGUCAUGUCUGUCGAGAUUGUGGCGCCGAACGAGUUCCAGGGCAACGUCAUCGCCGGUGUCAACCGUCGCCAUGGUGUCAUCACGGGCCAGGAUGGGGCAGAAGGCUACUUCACCCUCUACGCUGACGUGCCUCUGAAUGACAUGUUUGGUUACGCCACGGAGCUGCGCUCCUGUACAGAGGGUAAAGGAGAGUACACCAUGGACUACAGCAGGUACCAGCCCUGCAUGUCCGACACUCAGGACCAGCUGAUCAACAAACAUCUGGAAUCCACCGGACAGCUGCCCGCCAAGAAGGGGAAGUGGAAGAACUGAGCCUGGAGGACACACACACACACAGGACAACUACAUGCAGCACUGCUCCUACUUGGUAGAGACACCCACAAGUUUGUUUUUAGUUUAUGAUCAGUACAAGACAGAUAUUUUGAACUGAGAAAGGAGGACACACACACACGGUCAACAAACUUUGCAGAUGGUUUACCUCCAUACUCAUACUGGGAUGCUCCUCAGCUUGUUUUUAAGACUUUGGGGCUGGGUUGUUUAUUAAAAAUAUCCUAAAAACUUUCAGGAAUACAAUCUGAGAUGAGAAAUCAAAUAGUACGUUACGUACGUUUGUGUGUUUAUGACCUCAGUCCUCUGAUCCCUCCUCACUGCCUAGGCGUCACGACAACUAAAAAGAUCAACAACUUGGACUGGGGUGUGUCCAGAGACUGGUUUUGUACUAUGUACAGCAUAUGUAAUAAAUGUGUAAAA